AGUUUGUGGGGUGUUUUGUUUACAGUCCACAUGGGGAAAGAGAUUAAAAACAGCUGAGUUUACCGAGUAUUCCUUUCAUUAGGGCCAGCUCUGCUGAAUGAAUGAAUGGAUGCAAGGAUAGAUUUAGAGAGAGUGAGUGUGUGUCAGUGUCUGUGCGUGCGUGUGUGUGUGUGUGUGUUCCGAGAAGGUUUCUAAGUGUAAUAGGUAGCUACAUGGAUUUUAAUAUAUUUUUUUAAAUAUCUAGUAUGUUUUGAUGCAGCAGCAUCUGUAAUUGUCUUUGCUGCCGGUGGGUUCUGCUAGGGGCACCGCUGACCUCUGACCUCUGUCUCUCAGGGUGACGCAGAGUUCGCUCGCAUCAUGAGCGUCGUUGACCCCAACAGCAGCGGGGUCGUGACCUUCCAGGCCUUCAUCGACUUCAUGUCCAAAGAGACGACCGACACCGACACAGCGGACCAGGUGGUAGCGUCCUUCAAGGUCCUGGCAGGAGACAAGAACUUCAUCACAGCGGCAGAGCUGCGCAGGGAGCUGCCUCCGGACCAGGCUGAGUACUGCAUCUCCCGCAUGGCUCCCUACCAGGGGCCCGACACCAUCCCCGGGGCCCUGGACUACAUGAGCUUCUCCACAGCACUGUACGGGGAGAGCGACUUGUAACACACACGCGCGCGCGCGCUCUCACACUCUCACACUACCCGGCCAGACACGGAGCAACAAGAGAGGGAGGGAGGGAGGGAGGGAGAGAAGUGUAGAGAGAGAGAGAGAGAGAGGGAGGAAGGGAGAGAUGAGAGAGGGAGCUGUGGAACGAGAGAGAGAGAGUCGUCUUAAACAUUCCAUUAUUGUCUUAAUAUCAAUAAUAAUAAUACAAGGAUAUAAUAACUGUCUUUAAUCU